CACCACUGCAGUAGUGCCCUAUCAUUCCUUAGGCUUGUCCAAAGGACAAUGACUCUGGUUUCACCCGGACUCCGCGAAAUACUAUCACGUCGGUUCUCUGGCAUUCGUGGCCCCCUGUACCCUCCCUUGCUCAUUUGCAUUGGGCUGCGAUUGUCCCUUGGAAGAAGGUUUCGAGGAUAAAGAUUGGAAUGAGAACAUCCCUACUGAAAUCACCGACCGAAUAAAUCCCUUCGAUCCACAGCUCUUCAAAGCACACCCGUCUGCGGCGAAAUAUCCACUUCUCUUCUUCCCAUCUUUACUUUACUCAUCCUGUUACCUCAGAUUCCGAGAUGGAACAGAUUCCAGUUUACGAGCGCCCCGGCUUCAAUCCCCAUAAACAAAACAUCACUCUCUUCAAGCACGAUGGAUCCACCGUCACCGUCGGCCUUCACGAGCUGGAUGCCAUGUUCACUCACAGUAUCAGAGUUGCCGUCGUUUUCGCCAGUCAAAUUGGUGCCUGCGCCCUGCUCUCCGUGAUCGUGGCAAUGGUCACAAAGCGUGAAAAACGCCGUGCACUCUUCUUCCUCCACAUUAUCUCCCUCCUCUUGGUUGUCGUUCGGUCUGUUCUUCAGAUCCUCUACUUUGUUGGCCCCUGGGCCGAGACGUACAACUAUGUUGCGUACUACUACGAGGACAUCCCCCUUUCCGACAAACUCAUUUCAAUCUGGGCCGGCAUCAUUCAAUUGAUAUUGAAUAUAUGUAUCCUGCUGUCAUUGAUUUUGCAAGUUCGAGUCGUCUAUGCAACCUCGCCGAAGCUCAACACCAUCAUGACUUUGGUUUCCUGCGUCAUUGCGUCAAUCUCUGUUGGAUUCUUCUUUACAGUUAUCGUACAAAUUUCGGAAGCAAUCCUUAAUGGGGUGGGAUAUGAUGGAUGGGUGUACAAGGUUCAUCGUGGCGUAUUCGCUGGAGCGAUCGCCUUCUUCUCGUUUAUCUUCAUCUUCAAAUUGGCUUUCGCUAUCCGACGUCGGAAGGCUCUGGGACUGCAAAGGUUCGGUCCUCUACAAGUUAUUUUUAUCAUGGGUUGUCAGACUAUGAUUGUGCCUGCAAUAUUCGCAACACUAGAAAACGGGGUUGGAUUCGAAGGGAUGUCUUCACUCACCGCCACUCUUGCUGUUAUCUCGCUCCCGCUUUCCUCUAUGUGGGCCGCUGCACAAACCGACGGACCGAGCCCUCAAUCAACACCUAGAGAUGGAUAUCGUCGAUUCAGCACCAGAAGGUCCGCUCUCAACCGCUCGGAUCCUUCAGGUGGAAGGUCGGUGGAUAUGAAUACGCUUGACUCAACCGGGAAUGAUUCGCUGGCUCUUCAUGUGGACAAGACCUUUACGGUCGAGAGUAGCCCUAGUUCUCAAAGUCAAGCUGGGCCGCAUAAGGAACGAGGAUUUGAGUUUGCCUGAAAUGACAAAUGGGUCGAAAAAGGUUGAGGAUGUUUUGAUAGCGGAUACCGAUUGGUAAUAUUUGACUAGUUUACUGGUCCUGAUUAUUUGUUUUAUUCUUUCUCUUUCCCAUAGUUUUUUUUCCCUGCGUUCUGCUUUUUUUUUUCUCCAUGAAGGCGAGUUACGUCGUUUCUGUUUUCUAAAUAUCAAUAUGAUUGCUUUAGUGAUGUAA